AAAGAAGAAGAAGAAAAAGAAGGAAGAUAAACAUAUGGAACAAAAUUAUGAAGAUUCGACAAAGGAUAAAGCCAUUAUGAAUGUAGAUAAGUUUUAUGGUGAUACACUUUUUGAAAAUUAUCAUGAUUUGAAUAAAGAUGAAACAAGGGAUUCAAAUUCAAACAAAGAUGAAUUGACAGGAAGAAUUCCUAUUGCCAGUGCUUCGGAAGGGGACACUUUAGUUAAAAAGAAGAAGAAGAAAAAGAAGGGAGAUAAACAAAUGGAACAAAAUUAUGAAGAUUCGACAAAGGAUAAAGCCAUUAUGAAUGUAGAUAAGUUUUAUGGUGAUACACUUUUUGAAAAUUAUCAUGAUUUGAAUAAAAACAAAACAAGGAAUUCAAAUUCAAACAAAGAUGAACUGACAGGAAGAAUUCCUAUUGCCAGUGCUUUGGGAGGAGACACUUUAGUUAAAAAGAAGAAGAAGAAAAAGAAGGAAGAUAAACAUAUGGAACAAAAUUAUGAAGAUUCGACAAAGGAUAAAGCCAUUAUGAAUGUAGAUAAGUUUUAUGGUGAUAUUUACAAACAUUUGGAUAAAGACGAAACAAGGAAUUCAAAUUUAACAACGGUCAGUUUCUUUUUAUUGUUGCUAUGAUGUUAUUAAGAGAUUAUUAUUUAAUCUUUUGGUUAUCUUAUUAUGCAUAAAUAUAAUAUUAUUAUUAUAUUUUUUAUAUAUUAUUACUAGCUGAUCCCGUGCAUUUCUUUUCCUGGCAACCAAUAUA